AUGGAUAAAACUCCAGAAGAAAAGGACACAUCUGGAUCAAUUAUUGAGCACUUUGCAACAUCCACUCUUCCUCUCUUCCACGGUCCACUCGUCAAGAUCCGAAUCGAACCAAGCAAUCGAGAAUACACGGUCUCAAAACCCCUUCUCUGCAAUGAGUCGCCAGUCUUUUCAGCCAUGUUCAAAGGCAAUUUCCGAGAGUCCCAAGAGGAAACGGCAACACUACAAGAGAUGGAAGGCGUCGUGUCCAUCCAGAGCAUCGAAGCGCUUAUCCAAUGGCUGUACCUCCGUACCAUCAACUUCGAUAUCGAUACCAGAUUCCACGAAUUACAUAUAGUGGCUGCCGUAGAGCUCGCCAGACUCGCGGAGAUGUACGGGAUCACGAAGAUCGAGCCCCAACUCGCCCAAUAUGUCAAGGGAAGAUUCGCAAAGUGUGGAUAUCGCCACAAGAAAAUCCGUAUUGGUAGGGCUGUAUUACCGGAUACUGACGACUGGAUUCUGGGAACCUUUCUACGUGACGGCCAUCCAGUGCGCUGGAUCAUGGCCCAAGCUCUCGUUUUCUGGUAUCUCCGAAAUGAAAACGAAGAGUACCCCGGUUUCGAUGUGGCCCAAGGAUGUCCCAAAUUCGGAGUUGACCUCCUCCACGAAGUGAGGCUAGCCCUGAAUACUCUGAAGCCUAUUAGCAGCGCUACUUUCAAAGACCCCAUCACUGGGAAAAGAAGGUAUCUGGUGAAGGGUGAACAUGAUGAAGAUAUGAUGAAGAUGAUGAAGGUAGAAGAUGAAGAUGACGAAGGAGAAGAAGAUGAUGAAUGA